AAGUGGUAGACAAGGAUAUUAAACUGUUUCUUUCAAUAGAUGAAAGAUUGUUGUUAAUGAGUAAAUCUAGAUCUUUCAAGCAAAUGUGAUUACAAGUGAGUUAUUCAGUUUGACUACAGUCAGCAGAUGGAGCAGAUAACCAUGAAGGAUCAAGAAAAUGGAAUAACUCACAGAUUUCCUCCCCUGCUACAGAAACACUGUAGUGCUUUUCUGCAAAGACUCCGCCAGACUUUCCCAGGUAAUCCCACAGUUGAAGUUAAACAGCUAUGUGGAUUAGCAGGACCUUUGAUUCUCUCGCAGGUGCUGUGUUUCAUGAUCAAUAUUGUCAGCUCCAUAUUCUGUGGUCACCUGGGCAAAGAAGAGCUGGAUGCAGUGACACUUGCCAAUGCAGUUAUUUCAGUCACUGGACUUUCAGUAGGACUUGGCUUAUCUUCAGCAUGUGAUACACUCAUAUCUCAGAUAUUUGGAGGUACAAAUCUAAAGCUAAUUGGCAUUGUGCUGCAGCGUGGGAUCCUCAUACUACUUCUGGCUUGUUUUCCUUGUUGGGCGCUCUUUAUAAAUACUAAGAAUAUUCUACUACUCUUCCGACAAGACCCAAAGGUGGCCAGUUUGGCAGAAGAAUAUGUUCUGGUUUUUAUUCCCGCUCUUCCAGCUGCAUUUCUAUACCAACUGGAGGCACGAUACUUACAAAAUCAAGGAAUUGUUAAAACACAGAUCAUAACCAGCACUAUAGCAAAUGUCAUAAAUGCACUGGUGAAUUAUAUCUUUCUCUUUGAACUGGAACUUGGAGUUAUAGGAUCAGCAUGGGCGAACGCUAUUGCACAGUUUUCUCAAGCUAUGAUCUUAUUCCUGUAUAUUCGUGUCAAGAGGCUACAUGUAAAUACCUGGGGAGGUUGGUCCAAAGAGUGUUUACGAGAUUGGAACUCUUUUGUAGCACUAGCUGUGCCAAGUAUGCUCAUGGUAUGCAUAGAAUGGUGGACAUAUGAAAUUGGCAGCUUGCUUGUGGGUCUGAUUAGUGUGGUGGAGCUUGGUGCUCAGUCUGUCAUAUACCAAGUGGUAACCAUAGCAUACAUGAUUCCAUAUGGUAUAAGUAUGGCUACCAGUGUACGAGUAGGCAAUGCCCUUGGUGCGGGGAAUAUUGAACGGGCAAAGAGGUCCAUGAUGCUUGCUUUUCUCAUUACAGCUGUUUUCAUCAUUAUAGAUAUUAUCCUGCUUGCGUCCUUGAAGAAUGUGUUUUCCUAUGUAUUCACUAGUGAUGGAGAAAUAGCUGCUCUUGUGUCUGACGUUAUACCUGUAUAUCUCAUAUUCCACCUAUUUGAAUGUAUUGCUUGUGUUUCAAGUGGAGUAUUGAGAGGGAUAGGACGACAAAAGAUCGGUGCCAUUAUCUUUGCCAUUGGCUAUUACAUGCUUGGACUACCAAUUGCUGCUGCUUUUAUGUUUGCAGCCAACCAAGGCAUUAAAGGUCUUUGGUAUGGAAUGAUCCUCUGUGGAGUGUUUCUGUCUUUGUUUUUCACCAUCUACCUCUUCAGAAUAAACUGGAAGGAUAUUGCAUUUGAGGCUCAAGAACGAGCAGGGAUGACUUGCAAAGAGACUCUUCCUUCAGUGGCAAAUAACCAGUCAGAUAUUACAUUAUCAGAGCUGCCCUUCCCGGAAGAACCAGGAGCCUCCAAGAAGCUUUUACCAAUGAAGGAAGUGAUUGUUCUACGUGGACUAACUCUGGCACUGUCCAUUGCUGUCCUCUUAACAGGAGUUCUGGUAAAAGUGUGGACAUCUUACUAGAUGAAGAUGGGCUUGUUAAAACCAUUUAAUUCUGUAGAAGAAUUGUGGAGUAUGAUUUUAUGAGACUGUACAAAGUAGCUUUGUAUUAAAGUUGUUGGAUAAAUUCUCUAUAAAUAUA